AUGUUAGAGGAACUCCUCAAACCUGAAACCAGCUGCGACGAUUGGCACGCCAGAACGCCACGAAAAGCUCCCGUCAAACGCAAAUUGACCAAACAGGAGGCUGUGAGUGGAGAAGCUGUUACUGUUCUACCAAAAAAAAUUAAGCAGCGCCACAUCGAACAAAAGGCGAGGAACUUCACUUUGGCUGUAGAUGUUGGUCACGUCAAUCCCGAUGACCUAAAGGUCAAACUUUCCGACCAUGUUCUCACGGUGACCGGCGAAUCAACGGAGACCGACACAGACGGUAAUGUGUAUAGCAUGUAUACCUUCACUCGUGAGUUCACCAUUCCGGAAGACGUUGACGUCACAUCCCUGACCUCUAAAUUUACAGGGGAGGGUGUGCUGAUAUUCGAGGCUCCACGACUGGCUUUGAAAGAACCAACAGAAAGACACUUGUCUAUUGCAGUUGACAAGACUGACGAGCCAAAAGAACCAACGGUAAAUGAAUUGACUGAAGAAACAUAG